AUGGCCUUGCUCGGCGUGGCCAACAGGACCGGGAGCCCCCGGGAGACGUGCUGGCCCCUUGGGUCACUGGCUGCUCCCUCCAACCUCCCCGGGCCUACCUGCUUUUCCAUAGCUGCCUCAGGCCUGCGGUCACGGUCGGAUAAACGGACGGACGACAGACUGACGGAUGACGAGGACUUGUGGGCCGCCGUGGGUGCCAUCCAUGUGGAGGGCCCGUCUGAGGUUAUCCGGGCAGCGCGCGGGAGGGACGUCAUGCUGCCCUGCACCUACUCGACCCAGACCAGCGACCGCAACGGCUUCUUCCAGUGGGACAAGCUCCUCCAGACUCACACGGAGACGGUGUUCAUCUGGAAGUUCAAAGAACAGGAACCCCUCUACGGCAACGGCUAUACGGACCGGGUGGGCGUCCAGCCCAAUGCUGCGGAGUCGAAUGCGUCCAUCACCCUCCGGGACCUGACCAUGGCCGACAACGGCACCUACGAGUGCUCCGUCUCACUGAUGUCUGACCUGCAGGGCACCUCAAUUGCCCGCGUCCGCCUGCUGGUGUUGGUGGCCCCCUCCAAGCCCAUCUGCAGCAUCGAGGGGCAGACGGUGAUCGGGAGCAACAUCCAGUUGAGCUGCCGGUCCGAGGAGGGGUCCCCGGAGCCCCAGUACAGCUGGAAGAGCUACGACAUCAACCACAAGGAGCGCGCGCUGGUGCCGCCAGGCACGGGGCAAACGCUGGCCCUGAAGAACAUCUCCAUGGACAUGUCGGGCUACUUCGUGUGUACGUCCCAGAACGAGGUGGGGGUGGAGACGUGUAACAUCACCCUGGCCGUCACACUUCCCUCCAUGAACGUGGCCCUGUACGCGGGCAUCGCAGGGGGCGUGGCGGCCGCCCUCAUCAUCCUGGGCGUCAUCAUCUACUGCUGCUGUUGCCGGAACCGGGACGGCGACAAGGACGCCCAGGACGCCAGGCCGAACCGAACCAUCUACCGGGAGCCUCCAGAGCAGAUGCGAGAACUGUCCAGGGGGCGGGAGGAUGAUGAUGACGACCCCCAGCGCCGCGGGUCCCCCGGCCCCUACUACUGA